UCAAACUUUGCUUAGCGAAAAAAACAAAAAAACAAAGUUGUCUUUUGUCCGACUCCAUAAACACACCACCAUCACCAACAAGAUCUAGGUCUCUGCAUCUCGUGCUUCCAUAUGGAACGGGCACGCACCGAAAGCCCCAGCUACUUCCGCCAAUGGAACGGCGACUCCAUCACCCCCAAUGCCGCCGCCGCUCCUUCCUCUCCGGCGCGUCACCACCACGCUCGAUCGUCUUCCGUCACGGGAAUGUCGAACGUCAAGCGAGCUCAGAACGUGGCGGCCAAAGCCGCGGCUCAGAGGCUCGCGAAGGUCAUGGCUUCGCAGACCACCGACGACGACGAAGACGAAGACGAUGUCGGUGGCGAUGACCUAGAUUUCCGCUACGGCGCUCCUCCUCUCUCCUUCACGAGAAACAAUGCUUCUACUAAACCUAGACCUGCUGCUGCUGCUGUUCUUCCUCCUCCCAAGAUCGGCAGAUCUUCCUCCCCUGCGUUUUCUCGGAACUCUCCAGCCGUGUCUGUUCGAGCAUCACAGCAACCACCUGUUCCGCCUAGCAAAUUGUCUCAAAGGAACCAAGCGACCGUUCCAUUACCUGUUGUAACUCCUAAGAAUCAACAGACUGAAAAGCGGGCUUUACCUGAGAUUGGGCAACUUAGUGCAAAAGAUUCGAAAGAUCAGCAUGAAGCGUCCGCACUUCAAGAUGAACUCGAUAUGCUGCAAGAGGAGAAUGAGAGUAUUCUUGAAAAGCUUAGGCUUGAGGAUGAGAGAUGCAAGGAAGCAGAAGCCAGGGUGAGAGAGCUUGAGAAACAGGUGACUUCUUUGGGAGAAGGCGUAUCUUUGGAAGCUAAACUUCUGAGCAGAAAAGAAGCUGCUUUGCGUCAGAGAGAGGCUGCUCUUAAAGAUGCAAGGCAGAACAGAGAAGGGGCUAAUAAGGAGACUACUGCUCUUCGGGCUCAAGUAGAGAAUGCAAAACAAGAGGCUGCUGGUGUAGUAUCACAACUUCAAGUAGCGGAAUCUGAAGUCAACGCUCUACGAACAAUGACACAUAGAAUGAUAUUGACCCCAAAAGAGAUGGAGGAAGUUGUUCUUAAGCGGUGCUGGCUAGCUCGGUACUGGGGCUUAGCUGCCAGAUAUGGCAUAUGUUCGGACAUCGCUACGUCCAAGUACGAAUACUGGUCAUCUCUGGCCCCUCUUCCUUUUGAAAUUGUGCUAUCAGCUGGGCAGAAGGCUAAGGAAGAAAGCUGGGAAAAAGAUUCUGAGGAGAACGAGAAGAGGAGCCAGCUCGUUCAAGAUAUAAAUGAUCUAACAGGAGAGGGGAAUAUUGAAAGUAUGCUCUCUGUGGAAAUGGGUCUGAAGGAGCUAGCUUCUUUAAAGGUUGAAGUUACCAUAUCUAUUACACUAGCCCAGCUAAGGUUGGCCAAUACUUUUCGACUAUCUGAUCCCGAGUUAAAAUCACCAGGUGGUCCUAAGUUAAUGGAGGCACUUGAACUGAGUCCAGAAGAGUCUGAAGAUGUUCUCUUCAAGGAGGCUUGGCUCACAUACUUUUGGAGAAGAGCCCUGUCCCUUGGCAUAGAUGUGGACAUUGCAAGAGAACGUCUUCAAUUCUGGAUCAGCAGGAGUGCACACUCUCCAUCUUCACAUGACGCCAUGGAAGUUGAGCAAGGGCUAACAGAGCUAAGAAAGCGCCGGAUAGAACGCAGAUUGUGGGAAGCCUCCAGGUCCAACCAGUAGGUCAUGAGCAUGGACCCCAGGAUUCCGGAACAGUCAUGUUACCACAUCUUUAACAGUAUUGUAUAUCUUUCUUCUUGUGUGGUUCGAGUACUUUUGCAGUCAAGAAAAUGUUAAUCCAGUUUUGUAUACUGAAGAAUUGCAUUUGCACUACUUAACUUGUAAUGUAUCCACGUUUGCACU